CCCUCGCUUCACCCCUUUUUCGCGGUCGAUCGCAGCUCGGCGGCUUCGCCCGAUGGCUCUCAAAACCCUAAACUUCCCAAUCCAUUGGAGGUCAAAACCAUCACUCCCCAACGCCGACCGACCGAUCCUCCGUAUCCCGCCGAGGAGAUCGGCCCGCCCGGCGUCGCCUGUUGUCGCCGCCGCCGCCAACUGGAAUAAUGGUUUUAGGGGCAUUGGUGGCGGUGGCGCGGCGUCGGCCGAGAAGGGUGUGCAGAAAAAUGUUGACCUCGUGACCCUGGGGAAUCUGUGCGUCGACAUCGUUCUUGGCGUCCCGAGCUUGCCUCCUGCCUCGAAGGAGGAUAGGCGGGCUUACAUGGAGCGGCUGGCGGCUUCUCGUCCUCAUAAGAACUUUUGGGAAGCUGGUGGCAACUGCAACUUGGCCAUAGCUGCAGCAAGGCUAGGAUUGUUGUGCUUCACCAUUGGUCAUGUUGGUGAUGAGAUCUAUGGGAACUUUCUUCUUGAUGUGCUUCAUGAUGAGAAUAUUAGUUUUGUAGGAAUGAGUGAAAAUGUUGAUAGCACUGCCAAUAUUGCAGCCUAUGAAACCCUUCUAUGCUGGGUUUUGGUUGAUCCAUUUCAAAAGCAUGGGUUUUGCAGUCGUGCUGAUUUCAGUGAGGAGCCUGCAUUUAGUUGGAUGACUAAGCUGACAGAAGAGGUUAAGAUGGCUAUUCAACAAGCUAAGAUAUUAUUCUGCAAUGGUUAUGCAUUUGAUGAACUUUUACCUGAUUUAAUCGUCUCUGCACUUGAUUAUGCUAUUGGUGCUGGAACAACUGUAUUUUUUGAUCCUGGUCCACGUGGUAGAACUCUUGCACAUGGAACCCCUGACGAGCAAAAGGCACUUGAACUGUUUCUGAAGCAAAGUGAUGUUCUUCUUUUAACUUCUGAUGAGGCUGAGUCAUUAACAGGGAUAAAAAACCCUAUUCAAGCAGGAGAGGCAUUGAUCAGAAGAGGGGAACGAACAAAAUGGGUCAUUAUAAAAAUGGGUUCUAAGGGAUCCAUUCUGAUCAACAGGUCCACUGUAUCAUGUGCACCCGCGUUUAAGGUAAAUGUUGUUGAUUCAGUGGGCUGUGGAGAUAGCUUCACUGCUGCCAUAGCUUUCGGCUUUCUUCAUGGCAUGCCUACGAUCAAUACAUUAGCACUUGCAAACGCUGUAGGUGCUGCAACUGCAACUGGCUGUGGUGCUGGUCGAAACGUUGCUCGAUUGUGUAAAGUUUUAGAACUUCUAAAGCAAUCGAAUCUCAAUGAGGAUGACAAAUUUUGGAGCAAACUAAUUGAAGGGAACAGUUUGACUAGCGAAGUUUUGCUUCUCUCCAAAGUUACUAUAAAUGGAUGCAAUGACCGUCUUGUUCGCAUACCCAUUUCCAAUGUUGUCUUUGAACUUCUACCGAAAUUUGACGCAGCAUGCGAAAGCAGCGUGACACAGUCUUGACUACAAAUUUUGAGCAGUUAAGUCUGUGUAGUGAAGUUGUUGAUAAUAUUUUUACUAAUACGUUGAUUUGACUAAAAUUUAUGCCCUGAUGUCUAAGAGGGCCUAUGAGAGUCUGUUAAUCCGGCUCUCCUCAGAAAACAAAUACCUUUUGUCAAUGAUUUCAAUUACACCCUGUAAGAAUUUUAGUUGCCACUCAUGAAUAAGCAACAGUCAGCACUGCAGUUAAUAUGUGGUUUCAGGUCUGAUUGUUCAACGAGCAAACUACCCUUAUGAA